AUGGCUUCCAAUCUCCCUCCCCCGUCGUCCUCUCAGCAGCCUUUCGCUACCCCCCAACCGGCUCCCGUCCAGCCCACAUCCCCUCCAACGAAGCAAAAUCUGAAAUCAUGGUGGGCGGGAUUUAGGAAGGAAGGGAAAAAGAGCGACACACAUGGUAUAAAUCCCACCAGUUCAUCAUGUCUACUCCCAUCCGAGCAAGGUCAAGCAGCCAGUGGUUCGCCAGAUGAACUUUCAGUACUCCGGUGGGGCGAACAAAAGCGAUCGCCAUUUGCUCGUGGUAUCAAGGGAUAUUGCACCGGCUUCAUAGAGGAAAGCGUGGACAGCAUACGUGCAGUCUCAAGGAGCUUUCCUGGAGACCAAAGUAUCGACCUAGAACCUGCAAGUGAAUUGCGCCUUUCCUUUCAAGACUCAAUAUUUGAGGUGGCCAUUGCAGACGAACCGCAAGUGAAAAAACGCUCAAGCACUGUCGUUUCUCAAAGCAGCCUUGUUCGACAUGUCCGACGAAAGCGCCCUGCAAGUGUGGCCGUUGGUGCCGAUAACCCGAUGACAAAACUUGAACAGAUGAUGAUGAGUGUUCCUCUAGCUGGUCAUAGCUAUUAUGAGUCGAGUGACGCACUAGCGAUACUAACAGCACCUGCUCCUAGAUCUAACCCUAUCUCACAUAUGUUUUCCUUAAUGAAGUCUUCGUUGCGGACUUCCGCACCUUUCCCAUGUCCUACAAAUCCUCCGCCAGAAGUAGAAUUGGAAUAUGCUAAACUCACAUGUCAAACAGAUCUGGCUCCAGGCAUCUUUGGCAUCCCGCUUCGUCAAAGUAUCACGUACGCGAACGUCGCUAUCUCCCUCGUCGACGCGGAUGGAAAGAGUUACAUAUAUGGUUAUGUGCCAAUCGUUGUUGCGAAGUGCGGCGUGUAUUUGAAAGAAAAAGCUACUAAUGUUGAAGGUAUAUUUCGCCUCAGCGGCUCGGAAAAGCGCAUUAAAGAACUAAAGACGAUAUUCGAUUCGCCUGACCGAUACGGGAAAGGCUUGGACUGGGCCGGGUACACGGUGCAUGAUGCGGCAAACGUGCUGCGAAGAUAUCUCAACCAACUUCCCGAACCCAUUGUCCCGCUGGAUCUCUAUGAUCGAUUUCGCAAUCCCCUUCAAGGCCACACCAUGCAAGCUGUUGGAGAUACCGAGGGUACCCAGUUGGCAGAUACAUUUAACAUGGAAGAAGCAAUCGAGACUUACCAAAAGCUGAUCACCGAGCUGCCUCCACUCAAUCGCCAGCUUCUCCUAUAUAUUCUGGAUCUAUUAGCCGUAUUCGCGUCAAAGUCGGAUGAUAAUCGCAUGAACGCCCAAAAUCUCGCUGCCAUCUUCCAGCCAGGCAUGCUUUCGCAUCCAUCCCACGAUAUGGCCCCGAGCGAGUAUCGCCUCAGUCAGGAUGUGCUGAUCUUCCUGAUCGAGAACCAAGAUCACUUCUUGAUCGGCAUGAGAGGCACAGCCGCCGAUGAGCAGACAGUAAAUGAAGUACAAUCCGGCGGCAGCCCUCGACCUGGGACACCAAGCACACCUGGGAAGAAGAAUACCAUUAGAAGAUCUACGUCAACCGCCAGCGCUGGUGCAGACAGUAUCCGGAAAUAUGGUGGUAUCCGUCGUAACGUCUCUGUAUCAUCGCGGAAUUCGAGGCAGUCUACCGGCGGACCAAGCCCUGCGAGCCCAGCUUUAGCCCACACAGCUUCUGCAGGUGUUCACCGAAGCAAUACGCUCCCAUCAAAGAGAUCCCCUGGGUUGCCAUCAAAUCGGGUAGCGAAGGGUUCAGGCUCUCCAUCGCCAACGGCUGCCGUGUUUGUCUCCAACCAAACAAGUCGCCUGGCUGCCCCUUCGUCACCUGGAUUACAAGCUGGCAUUCCUGGAAAGUCAAGCCUUGCACCAUCAUCGCAUACCGAGUCCGCUGUAGCAAGCCAGGAGCGAUUACUAGGUGACCGAAGUGAAAAGCAGCCCGAAGUUGUCACGCCAUCGAAGGAAAGAAAUAUGCCGAAUUUCUUCAGAUCGACCACAAGUGAGAGCGAGAGAAAACAGCCAAACAAGCUAAGAAAGAAGCAACGCGUCGCCAGCAGCUCAAACCCUAGCGCUCAAAGCUCAUCACAAUCUCUUCAUGCACCACCGCAAGACUCGGUAACUUCAGUCCCCCCCGCCCUUCAGUCAUCUCAGGGCACCCAAGAUGCAACUGCGUUGCCAGUCUUGGAGAGUAUUCCAUCUGAAAAUGCCCACAACAUCAGUGACUCGACUCCACCGCUAACGCAAACCCCCCGUGCCGAAGCACAAGGGCAACAGCUCGUCGAAACGGAAGGACCCGGUCAACCAUCUGAACAAGCUCUAAAACCAGGGACGCCUCCAGCAUCGAUUCACUCCCACUCUUCGCUCAAUGAUCAAUCGGAUCUUGAUCAUAUUGACGAUUCCGCUCCCGGUGCAGAGCAGAGAGAGAAGCGUUCGCGCUGGAGACUUUCUCGGCACCGUGAUACUUCGCAGAGUUUAGGAUACUCGCUCUCCCCUCGAAAGGGUCUUGGCUCUGAUGGUGGUGCGGGAGCAAGUUCAAGCUCGGUCGGCAGUGCGUCACGUCCAAGAAAAAAUUCCACUGGUGAUACUAUGCCUGUUGCUUCUGAAUCAACCCUAGUCAGCGCGCAUCCUCAUUCAAGCAACGAAAGUGGCCCUGGUUCUUCCGCCGGUAGCGAAGAUAAGAAGGGCCCAUUGGGCUGGAUCAAGAACAAGAUGCGCGAGAAGCGAGAGGAGAGCAAAGAGAAGGAGGCGGAGAAAGAGCGCAACAAAAGCCCGCCUGCAACCACCGACCGCCUUACCUCGAUUCUUCCAGGACGUGGAAAGAGCGUGGAUAUCACGAGAGAAGAGCGCAACAAAAGCCCGCCUGCCACCACCGACCGCCUUGCCUCGAUUCUUCCAGGGCGUGGAAAGAGCGUGGAUAUCACGCGAGAAGUGCUUCCAGAGAAGGUACCUGAGGAGUCAAGUGUGCCACGACAACCGCAGGAGUCACAGCAACAAUAA